GAUAACCAACUAUGCUGUUACCACAAAAGGGUGUUUAUACACCAGUUCCAACUUUCUUCAAAAAGGACUUGAAUACAAUUGACUUUGCUACCCAAGUAGCUCAUGCUAAAUUCUUGCAAGAUAAUGGCAUCAAGGGGAUAACCUUGUUGGGAUCAACCGGUGAAAAUGCCCAUUUGACUAGAGCUGAAAGAGCCGAAAUUGUCAAACAAAUCCAUGAUAAUGUAAAGGGGUUCACCAUUGUAGCAGGAAUUGCUCAAAACUGCUUACAAGAAACUAUUGAAGAGAUAGAAUCCGUUGCCAAAUCGGGUGCUUCUUUCGCUUUGGUAUUACCUUCCAGUUAUUUUGGACCUUCUAUCACUCAAGAAGCAUUAGUUGAGUGGUAUACCGAAGUCGCUGAUAACUCACCAAUUCCUGUGUUGAUUUACGUUUAUCCUGGUGUAACCAACAACGUUAACGUUGCUCCCAGCACUAUCAAGACUUUGUCUUCCCAUAAGAACAUCGUGGGAAUUAAAUUCUCUCACAAUGACGUUACUAGCUACAGUGAAAUUUCUCUUGAUGAAGAAAUCAAAGACUUUGUUUGCUUAACAGGACUUGGUCACUUAUUAUUACCAGCUCUUUCCAUCGGUUUCAAGGGAACUGUUGAUGCUAUUAGUGGCGCAUAUCCUAAAAUUUACACUAGAUUGAUCCAAGCUUUCGAUGAAGGUAACUUUAAAGAAGCUCAAAGAUUGCAGUUGGCCAUUAUCAGAGGAGAGAAAUGUGUCAGUGAAUAUGGUGUUAUUGGAAUUAAGAGAAUUAUUUACGAAGCCACUGGAUUCGGAGAAACCUACUUAGGCCGCAUGCCUUUAAAUAAGGACACCACUGCUGGUUGGGAGAAGUUGGAUAAAUUCAUUGCUGAAAUCUCCGAAGGUGAAAAGUCUGUCACCAUUUAAUUUUGAUUUGACCAUUGAUCUCUAGUAUUGUCGCAGUAUUCAAUACAAAUAAAAGCUGUUAGAAUAGAAAGCAUUAGUUCUUGAUAGAAAAAUCUAUAUGGUUUAUGUGUAAA